AUCUGGCAAACAAGCGGCAUGGACGACGCUACCACCAACCUGACAUGUACUGUCCGUACGGCGGUGCGCUUCUCUCAGGCUCCAGAUCGAUAUCGUACUUACCCAGCUACGGCAGGACGCGGUGGUGAGCAGAUUACCAUCAAACGUGAUCCUCUCACUGGGAAGUUUCCUUGUCCGUGUGGCGCGCCAAAGCAUGCCCGCCGUGAGUCCAACAAAAUGCGCCAACUGUGCAUUGCUGCCAACCAUCCUGGACCGGAUGACAACACCGUCGCCAUCGAGGCUGCCACGGACGACGAAGACGCGAACGUGCCGACACCGAGUAAGCCUCCAGCGCCGCCCAAGCGCCGUGGCCGCCCCCCUCGCAAGCGACCAGCCUCGCGGUCCCCUUCUCCGGUCGAGAGUGAGGAUGAGAACGAGAGGCGAAGGGAGAAACGGCGCGCUCCGGGCCCGCAGAGCAGCGAUGACGACGAGAUUGUCAUCGUGAAGGGACCUGUAGUCCGGACUGCUGCAGGUCUUACCGGUACCACCACUCGCCCGGAGACCAGGAUCACCGCAUACGGUGGUGACGAGCAAGCGUCGAGCAGUCAGCAAGCAACAGCGCAAAACACAGUGGCACACGACCAGAUCGAGCGUCAAGUGCGGCGCCUCAAGGAUCUGAACGACAGGGCCCGCGAGCAGUAUCUUGAGUCGCUUGAGGAGCAGCGAUACGUCUUCAUACAAGCAGCCGACCAGACGCAAGAGAUCACACGGCGCCUUCGCAAUUUGCUCAAGAAACAGCUAUGACUCUUCGAACUCUACGCUUGUGUAUACAUGAGGUGCUGGACACGACUAUUUCUUGGUAGCGACUCUGCUGACUCUCGUCCUGGAUGGCGAUGUAAGCUAAUGUCGCAAGCCUCUUGCAUAUGAGGGGUCGUCUGUAUAGCUUUUCCUUGCUGUAUUUUCUUGACUGUAACGAUUGAAAACUGUGGUUGGCGUG